AUUCUGUCAUAACAUAAAAGUAUAGUUAUUGAACAUUUUAUCAAAUUCUUUUUCUUAAUUUUUAUAUAGUACAAUAAUAUGAUAAAUUAAAUAUUCUCUAUAAUUCGUAAUAUAUUAAAUCAAUUUAUUUUUAAAUGUAUUCCAACAUAAUUUUACCACGGCAAUGGUCCAGAUUAUCUUACAUCUAUCGGACAACAUCAACCUUAGAAGGACAAUCACUUCCUCAAACUGCUAAAUCAAGUGACGGAAUAUCACCACCGCCCCGGAUACCUAGAGGUCCUACUGAUAUUCUUCAAGCUUUGGCUGCUACUGUUGGACCUGAUCCAACUGCCGCUCAUUACAAGUAUCAUGAUGAUCCAUACUUGAUACCAUUAUCAAACUUUCGCAAACGGUCCUAUGCACUCUCUGCUGAAGCUGGCCGCAAGGCAGCGGCUUGGAUUCGAGAUGAAAAUGCUGAAUUAUUUAACACCCGAGUGUGGGACCCUCCGGGUAGAAAAAAGACCCCAUAUUUUAAUGCAGAUCCUCAAAUUCUUGCAUUUUCACCAAAACCAAUAUACAAUGAUGAAAGCAAGGUUACAGAAGAAGAUUUAAAGUAUACAAUAAAUAAUGCAUUAUUAGAGGAUUCACUAAAAAUAUUCCAACUCCUCGGAGGAACUAGUGGGGUCAGUGAGGAACUGAGAAUUGAAUUCUUGCAACUUUUAUGUUUUUACAAUGAGAAAGAACCAGAUUCAAUGGAAUGGCUUGAGGAACGGUGGUUUUCUGCUAAUGUUAGAGAGCGACAAGCAGCUACAUGGAGGAUAGGUGGUCUAGCUGAUAAAAUAUUUGAAUCUCUUGAUCCAAAGACACCUGAAGCAUACUGUUGUAUCAUUCAGGGCAUGGCAAAGUACUAUCAGGCUGAAAGAGCAUAUGUACUAACUCAGGAAGCAAAAGAUAAUGGGAUCAAACUUUCAACUAGUGCAUACAAUUCACUUCUGGGUUGUAUAGGAUAUUUAAAAGAAGGUACUGCAUUAAGAACAGAAUCACUGAAAAGUUUAUUAGUGGAAAUGAAUGAACAGGGCAUAUCCCCUAAUAAAGAAACGCUGUCCGCAUGUCUUCGAUCCAUAUCGGCGUGGGGCGGCGGCAAAAAUUUACAACAAUUAGCGUUACAAAUUGUAGCCGAGUUGAAACAGUUAGGAAUCCACCCUGGACUUACCGCGUAUUACUAUCUCCUGUGCUUAUUCUGUAAAGAACGUGGGCCGCGCUUCGACAUUUUGAGUGGAAUUUUAAACGAUUUAGAACAAAGAGAUGAAUUGGAGCCUAAAGAACCAACAGAUACAAACUUCUUCAUUACAGCCAUGGGUGUAUGCAGUGAUCACUUACAGGAUAUCAACUUGGCAGAAAGAUUGCAUGCAUUACUAAUGAAAGGCGAUAAUUACAAAUUAGUUGGUGACGCCUACAAAGAAAGCAUUUACUACAGACAUUUAGUUACAGUCGCCUGCAGACACGCGCCCCUUGAAAGGACGACUCAGCUGUUGGAUAUGUUAGUUCCAAAUGUGUAUGUCCCAGAGCCGACAGUAAUGGAAGAGAUUAUUAAGACCCUGGAGGUGGGUGGUGAUGGAGACCGACUUGCGCAGGCUUGGUCGCAGCUAGUUGUGUUCGGGAUCGCAAAGCGAGCCAAGCUCGUUGAGAGAUUGCUGACUGCUAUGUGCAGCUGUUACCAAUACCAAGAUGAGGAAGUAAAAGGUAAAAUACGAGCAGCAGCUGCAGACAUACUUAAAUACAGUCAACUUGGCGAGGACAGAGAAGAAACACAGGACCUCAGAUCACCAGUACAAAAAUUGUCAGCCAACGCACUAUCAAAUAUAAUAGAGUUGUGUUCAGACACACAAGACAAAUCUGACCCUAAUUGGGAGACUGUGUCGGAGGCUUUACAAAAAUUACAAAGGUCUGAAGCAGUUGGUGUACCGAACAAACCAGAGGUAUUAGCGAGUGUAGCACAGAAGGCAGCCACUGUGGGAAAAGCCGGUAUAGCUGCUAUGGCUGUGACAUAUCUCUCGGAGUGUGGAUUUGAAGAAGCAAUGUCGGCCAGUACACAGGUGCUUGGUGUGAUGCUGAACAGGUCACAGGAAGAAGUUCAGCAGUUGCUGCAGGAACGGCAAGGACUCGACUCACUACAUCCAUCUGCUUUGGCAAUUGCAGACGCUUAUCACCUAGCUAAAACCGGCGCGCCUGCACAAAGCUUGGAUUCAUCAACGAGCUCGGAAAGUGAUAGUGAAUCAUCUUCUGAAGACGAGUAAACAAGCCAUUCGUAAUAAAUGUCAUCAAAGAUAAUAAAAUAAGAUUAGAUAUAUCAUUUAUAA